AUGUUGCAUGUGACCGUGGAUCGAAUGAAUGACUCCUCUGCCUCCUCGCUCGAAACCGCCUCCUGGUUGAAGCAAGUGUCGGAUCUUCCCACCAUUGAUGAUAGCAGCAAACAUUUCUCAAACGCGUUUCUGCGCGUCAUCUACACGCUGUGGGCACGUGCACCCAACCUCGGCCUGUCGCAUCUCGCAAUUCGCAUCUCAAGAGUCCAACCUUCGCGUUUAGACGGUAGACGAGCAAGUAUCUGGUCUAAGACAAGACUGGCUACAAUGGCGACGACGUUGACCUCGACCUACCAGGAUACACAGUACAUUUCCAGCUCCAUCUCCAGCCUCUCGCGAUCCCGAUCCACCAACUCACUGAUCGUCCGAACAUACAAGGAAGCCACUCAACUAUACCUCACGAAACGAUUCAAAGAAGCUCUUGAGACGCUAGAACCGAUCAUCAGUGCUCCACGACCGGACGAACCGCAGAAUGGGGAGAGCAAUGGAAUCUCGGCCGCUCCCAUCGCGCAGAGCUCGAAGGGCACAAGGACGAAGGUCUGGGUCUUCUACUUGAGUCUGCUGCAUGCGAUCGUCGAGCUAGGCGCGGAGGAAGGAAAGCUGAUCUUCGGGUCAGCACGGUGGCGGCAGCUAGCAGCCAGGGCGCGAGAGGGCUCGGUGUGGGAGGAGAUUGUCAAGGCUGGCUAUGCGGGAGAAGAGGGAGAGGUGGAUGCGGAUGUCGUGGUGAACCUGGCUACACUACUGCUAGGACAUAUGAGCCAUCAGAAACUCACUCAGCAGAAACUCGAGGCAUGGUUGACGACGACGAGCGAUAUGGGAGGCCAGCAUGUUUCGUUCGCAGACGGCACGAUGAGUCCUGCUCCGAACGGCAAUGCUGGACCUAAAGCCCUGGCUACUCGCUUAAAAAUACUGGAGCUGUACGCGCUACAUGUGCUACCUGCGAAUGGAGAGUGGGAGUAUGCGCAGCAGUUCAUCGAGUUGAACGACUCGCUAGAUGAGGAGAGGAAGGAAGCAUUCUCACAUGCUCUGCAGGAGUUGCGGGAGGAGAAGGAUGGAACGGCGCAGAGAGAGCGCGAGCUGAACGAGCAGAGAGAGCGAGAGAUGGAAGAACGGAGACUGGAGGAAGAACGACAAAGAGUCGAGCAGGAGAGGGAGGCCGAGGAGAAACGGAAGCAGGUGGAGCAAGAGCGAGUUGCUAAGCCGAUGAAAGAUAGCGGGAAUGCGAAGCCGACUGCCAAUAGCUCAGCCGGCUCUGCUAAGCCUCCAGCAAACGGCACGACCAAACCAGCCCCAUCACCCACCAGCCGCAUCCCACCCGCAAGAAAUCCCCGCAAACCACCACCACCUCCACCAACAACCCUCUACCGCCGCGCCACCUCCGCACUCGGCGACUUCCAGCAGAUGGUGCUACAAGCCAGCCGCAACAUGACAGGCGGUGGCCGAUUCUCCUUCGCAGCUUUCCGAUUCCUGAUGUUUUUGGUCGCUUUCUUGGUCGUGGUGGCGAGACGGGACGUAAGGGUGAGAUUGAGGAGGUUGAUGGGGAAUGGGUGGGGAAAGGUGAGGAAGACGGUGGGGAUGGGGGUUAAGCUCUGGCAAUGGCAACCCAAUCUUUGCCGUGUCGAGGCGUCCGCAACAGAAGAGGAUGGAACGUUGUCGCGCGGCUUGUCAGAGGCUAAGAAGCAGAGCUUCCAUUCCUCGCGCACCUCCGGAUACUCGUGA